CCCCGAUCCUCCUCCCCCGGAGCCUUCCGUGCCCACACAUCUCCUUCUAUCACUGUCACCUCGCCUUGGCAGUUCCCACACUUCAUCCGACACGACGACGUCACCUUCUUUAUGGUAAACGUGACAGAUCUCUUACACUAUGAUCCACCCUGUCCCGACGCCGAGCUCAUCCCUCUGGAGCCAGAUCCUCAUUCUAUCUCCAUGGCUCCCAUCGCUACUUCCCACCCUCCGCCGUCCGUCGAGUCCACCCCGCCGUCGCUCGCUGACGUUGAGGAACUCGCAGGAUAUAUGGUGGACUUGGAGCCCGCAGUUCGUGACCUCAUUCGAGAGUACCACGACGUUUUUCCAUCGUCAUUCUCGUAUGCCGGCAUCCCUUCGAUGCGCGACGUCGAGCACUCCAUCCAUCUCGUGCCUGACUAUCGUGUUCACCACCAUGCACCCUACAGACUCUCGAUUCCCGAGGCCAUCGAACUCAAGCGUCAGCUUGAGGAGCUCCUGAGACAGGGUUUCAUCAAACCCAGCAACUCCCUGUGGGGUGCACCCGUCCUCUUUACUCGCAAAGCGGAUGAAACUCUUCAUCUCUGCAUUGACUAUCGCGGUCUCAACCGCUACACGAUUAAGAACAGCUACCCCAUGCCUCAUUCCGAUGAGCUGUUUGACCGCCUAGCAGGCAACCGCUUCUUUACGAAGAUUGAUCUUCGUAGCGGUUACCAUCAGAUCCGCGUCGCUGCAGCCGACCAGCCGAAGACAACGUUCCGAUCGCUCUUCGGCCACUACGAAUUCACGGUGAUGCCAUUCGGCCUCACCAACGCACCCGCUACCUUUCAAAGGGCGAUGAACAACAUUUUCAGGGACAUCCUGCAACAGUACGUUAUCGUCUACCUCGACGAUAUCCUGGUCUACAGUCGUACCCUUGAGGAGUAUCUCAGACACCUCCACGACGUCCUUGACCGCUUGCGCAGACAUGGCUUCUACGUCAAGCUGAGCAAGUGCCGCUUUGCACAGCACAAAGUGGAUUUCGUAGGACACUACAUGUCUAACGAGGGUCUCCACAUGGACGACGCAAAGAUCACUGCUAUUGCGGAGUGGCCCCUACGUGUCCGAGCAGUGGUAGAGUUCCAUGACCAGGUCGCCGCCGGUCAUAUGGGCUUCCUCAAGACAUUGGCUCAUGUGAGCCGCCUGUACGUCUGGCCGAAGCGCAAGGACUACGUCGCAGAGUGUCCCACCUGUCAGGAGGUGAACAGUGCGAACCACCUUCCUUAUGGUUUGCUCCAACCUCUUCCUAUCCCUGAGGGUCGUUGGCAGUCCAUCUGGAUGGACUUUAUCGGUCCUCUUCGUCCUACGACCCUUCGCGGUCAUGAUGCUAUCCUGGUCGUCGUCGACCGCUUCACGAAGCGUGCAUGCUUUGUCCCAUGCCGCUAUGCCAUCAGUGCACGUGAGGUCGCCGACAUCGUGUUUGACCGAGUCGUGCGUGACCACGACUUACCUCUGAGCAUCAUAUCUGACCGUGACCCGCGCUUUACCAGUCGAUUCUGGCGACGGCUCCACGAGGUGUACGACACUCAGCUCCGCUUCUGCUCGUCUUACCAUCCCCAGACUGAUGGUCAGACCGAGAUCACGAACAGGACUCUCGGGGAUAUUCUCCGAAAGAUUGUUCGUGACGACCGGCAGUGGGAUCUCCAUCUUGCCUACGCGGAGAUAGCCUACAACCACGCCGUCUCGCCAACCACGGGGAUGUCGCCUUACUAUUGCGACCUCGGCUAUCACCCKYGUGUUCCCGCGGACUUCCUUCGACCGUYSMAGAUGCACCCCGACACGAGUUGUCCCKCGCUGGAUGAUUGGGUUGYACACAUGACGUCGAUCAUGAAGACCGCACAUGAGCACAUAGCCGCUUCCCAGACUCGCAUGGCUGCACGUGCGAACCGAUCGAGGAUGAACCAUCCAUUCAAAGUCGGUGAUGAUGUGCUUAUCGAUGCCCGCCACUUACAGCUCGAAGCGGACACGCUUCGCAAGUUUCGGCGUCGCUUCUUUGGCCCAUGCCGCAUCCUCCAGGCCGUCGGUUCUAAUACGGCAUCUAGCCCGGUCAGCUUUCGUGUGAAGCUGCCCGGCUACCUACACCAGGCUCAGCGAUCAUCUGUUCUGUCAUAUGGGACUGCCGGAAUAAGUCGGCAAGGGUACUUCCGACAAAGAAACGAAGGAACUGAUCCGUUCCAGACUGCGCCAGGCUAUAAAAGCAGAUUGGAACAGGAAGAACUGCCAAGGGAGGAGAAGCAGCAGGAAUUGCAGAUGGUUCUUGGACACGUGGGGUCGAAGUAAGGCAUCAAACUGGUUGGUGAAUGUUGACAGAGAAGGAAAACUGGAAUUCUGUUCAUGGUUAUAGGAAG